UGUGCAGGCGUGAAACUUCCGCAGUAGGAGAGAAAGAAGUUUAUUUUGCCUUUUUCUUCCAGCCUUCCCGGAGCCCUGCUUGAUUUGUUAGCCUACAGAUAUAUAGAGCUAAGCGACGAAAAAGACAGCCGAUGAAGCGAUGGAUGAGACAUCUGAGUUGGUCCUCAAGAGCAUUAAAACAGAAGAGGACGAGUCAUGUACUGCUCCUGAUCCAGGGUUUCUGAAGAUCAUCGUUAUCAAGGAAGAAGUAGAAGAGGAGGAGGAAGAAGGAGAAAGAGAUGGAGACGGAGGAGGAGGAGGAGAAGAAGAAGAAGAAGAGGAGGAGGAGGAGGAGGAGGCAUCAAGCGUUCCUGUCGCACGGCAUCAGAGGAUGAUAAUGAUGAUCAAUGAAGAAGGAGAGGAAGAGGAGAUGGAGUACAGCAAAGAGGGGGAUUUUAAAAGUCUCCAGUCCAAUGGAAGCCAAACCGGAGAGGGAAAAGGACGGCGGACGAAAGGAGUGCGUCAUCAAAACAAGCCCUCACUGCAGUGCUCUGUGUGUGGAAAGAGCUUCACCUGCCAGAGCCGCUUCAAGAGACACCAGCUGGGUCACACGGGGGAGAAACCAUUUCAGUGCUCUCACUGCGGCAAGAGCUUCAACCAGAAGUCUACUCUGAAAAAUCACGAGGCCAUCCACUCGGGAGAAAAGCCAUUUGAGUGCUCUCAGUGUGGGAAAGCAUUCAGCGUGAUUGGCAAUCUGAAGGCACACCAGCGCACUCAUUCAGAGGAAAGACCGUGUCAGUGCCCAGUGUGUGGAAAGAGCUUUCGGGAUACUGCACACCUCAACAGACACCAGAUGGUUCACGCAGAGGAGAAGCCAUUUCAGUGCUCUCAAUGUGGAAAGGGUUUUAGUGACAAAAGCACUCUGAAGAAACAUCAGAUGAUUCAUUCAGGGGAGAAGCCAUUUCAGUGCUCUGAAUGUGGAAAGAGUUUUGGCGUUAAGAACAAACUGGACAUACACAUGAGGACUCAUACAGGGGAAAAACCAUUUCCGUGCUCACAGUGCGGACGGAACUUUGGUCACAUGGGCGACCUCAGAAAACACCAGAAACUCCAUACAGGGGAAAAGCCGUUUGAGUGUUCUUACUGUGGGAAGACUUUUGCCAUAAUUAAUUAUCUCAAAUCUCACGAAAGGGUUCACACAGGGGAAAAGCCUUACAAGUGCUCAGAAUGUGGAAAGAGUUUAAGUAGAAUUAGCGAACUCAAGAGACACCAGAGGAUCCAUACAGGGGAAAAGCCAUUUGAGUGCUCAGAAUGUGGAAAGUGUUUUAGCCGUAUAGCCCAUGUCAAGACACACCAGAGGAUCCAUACAGGGGAAAAGCCAUUUGAGUGUUCUCAAUGUGGAAAGAGUUUUACUGCAAUGGGCACUCUCAAGAUACACCAGAGGAUCCAUACAGGGGAAAAACCAUUUGAGUGUUCUUACUGUGGAAAGAGGUUUUAUUGUAUGAGCAGACUCAAGACACACCAGAGGAUCCAUACAGGGGAAAAGCCAUUAGAGUGCUCUCACUGUGGAAUGUGCUUCAGUAAAAGGGGCCAUCUUAUGUCACACCAGCAGGUCCAUACAGGCAAAAAGCCAUUUGAGUGCACUCAAUGCGGAAAGAGUUUUAGUAGCCAAGGCAGCCUUAAGACACACCAAAUGAUCCAUACAGGGGAAAAGCCAUUUCAGUGCUCAGAAUGCAGAAAGAGCUUUAAUCAAAUGUCUAGUCUCAGGAAACACCAGAGGGUCCAUACAGGGGAAAAGCCAUUUGAGUGCACUCAAUGCGGAAAGAGUUUUAGUAGCCAAGGCAGCCUUAAGACACACCAGAUGAUCCAUUCUGGUGAAAAGCCAUUUAGAUGCUCUCACUGUGGAAAGUGCUUCAGUCAACGGAGCAGCCUUAAGACACACCAGAUGAUCCAUUCUGGUGAAAAGCCAUUUGAGCCAUGCUCGCAAUGUGGAAAGAGCUUUAGUGAAAUUGGCAAACUCAUGAGACACCAGGUGGUUCAUACAGGGGAAAAACCAUUUGAGUGCUCUUACUGUGGAAAGAGCUUUAGUGAAAUUGGCACUCUCAAGAGACACCAGAUGAUCCAUACAGGGGAAAUGCCAUUUGAGUGUUCAGAAUGUGGAAAGAGCUUUAGUGAAAUGGGCACUCUCAAGAAACACCAGAGGAUCCAUACAGGGGAAAAGCCAUUUGAGUGCUCAGAAUGUGAUAAGAGAUUUAGUGAAAUGUACACUCUCAGGAAACACCAGUUCAUCCAUACAGGGGAAAAGCCAUUUGAGUGCUCAGAAUGCCCAAAGAGGUUUAGAGCAAUUGGCAAACUCAAGGAUCACCAGAGGGUCCAUUCAGGGGAAAAGCCAUUUCAGUGUCAUCAAUGUGGAAAGACAUUCACUCAAAAUAGCCAAUUGAAAAGACACCAGAUGAUCCAUAAAGGGGGAAAGCCAUUUGAGUGUUCACAAUGUGGAAAGACCUUUAGUGAAAUUAGCAAGCUCAAGGAUCACCAGAGGGUUCAUACAGGGGAAAAGCCAUAUGAAUGCUCUCAGUGCGGAAAGAAGUUUAGUCAUAUGAACUCUCUGAAGUCACACCAGAUGAUCCAUACAGGGGAAAAGCCAUUUCAGUGCUCUGAAUGUGGACAGAGGUUUACUGAGAAGGGCACUUUAAAAAGACACCAGAUGAUCCAUACUGGGGAAAAGCCAUUUGAAUGCUCUCAGUGCGGAAAGAAGUUUAGUUAUAUGAGCGCUCUGAAGUCACACCAGAGGAUCCAUACAGGGGAAAAGCCAUUUCAGUGCUCUGAAUGUGGAAUGAGCUUUAGUCUAAAUUGCAAUUUAAAAAGACACCAGAAGAUCCAUUCUGCAGGGAAACAAAUCAUUCAAUGUCCUCAGUGAGGAAAGGGCUUCAUUAUAGGGGGAGAUCUAAACAUAUCAGCAGGAAAACAAUGUGGCGCGAGAACCAUUAAUGACAUCAUCACUUGCGACAGACUAUUCAUACUUCAAAAGCGCUUUCGCUCGCAUUGUCGGAAGUGCCCUCUGCUGUUCAUGAGAGAAACGGCAGUAUCUUUCGCAACUCGCAGCGUGAGUUCUACGGAUGUAUAAAAUAGAAAGCCAAACACGGCUGCUGUAGGGCUACUGAGCAUCUGACUUGUGACUUACCACAUUGAAACAUAUAUUUUUUGUUAGCCUACAUUGCCAGAUCAUUCCAAGACCAUGUGAGAGCAUUGUUCUGGCGGCAGAACACCGAACACAACGUGCUUCUGAACAAAGUAAACAAUUGUUUCACUGAACAACAUUUAAGAGAGAAGAUAAAAUAACUCUCUAGGACAUUUUACUAUCAUCAAAAUGAUGCAGGGUCCAUUCUGUAGUAGCCUACAGUAGUUGUAGCCUGUCUUCGCAACUCCUGCUUUGUCUGCCUACCUGUAUGGUCGCUGGUGGCGCACGACAAGUUACAAAAAAUCUGGGGUGCAUGACGUCGC